AUCGGGAACUGAGUCCUGACGCGGUGGCACUUCUCAGGGACGAUCCAUAAAGCACACCGUCAUCGCGUCCGACAAGAUGCGCGACGCGUCGAAUUGCAUUCCGUUCCAGCUUGCAUUCGUACCACCAACAUCCUCAUGUCGAAGACAACAUAAGAAGAAGCGAUAUGUCGACUUUUGUCUCGCACCUCACCAAUGACUUGACGCAGAGGAUCCUCCCGCCGACCACCGUGCCUCCGAGUCCUCCGGGGGGUUCGCGAGGCCAGGCGAAGGAUGAGCUGCGUGCUCUCUUUGUGCAAUUGAACCAGCCAGUCUCGGGAACGUCGGAUGCUAGCCAACAUCUAGGUGCUCUGGAGAAGCUUCCUGUCGGCGACUCAGGCGGCUUCGUGGCGAACGAUGACGAAGAAGCCGCGUUGCAGAAGGCCGUGCUGGGCAAACUCGCUGUUGACCUGUACGCGCAGGCUCUGGACGUAGUGCUGGAAGAUGCACGUCGAGUAGAGGAUGAAUUGGAAUGGUGGGCGGAUCUUGAAAGGUCCUCCAGCAGUGUCGCUCUGUAUUUCGUCCAAACGUUUCCACUGCGGUUGGCAAGUCUUGCACACACAAUACUGACCACCUUGCGAGAACGUAACUUGCCGGUUCAUCCAUCUCUCUUCACCCCGUCGUCACUACGCCGACUCUUCCCCUCCCGUGGGGUUCUCCGUCCAAAUGCACUCUCAAUUGCUCUCUUUCCACACCUGCGCUCCCAACCAUACAGCAUUGCGCUCUCAGUUGGUCGGUUUCCUCCGGCAUCUGCAUUCGUCUCUUCACCUGGAACCAGCGUCCGUUCUGCCUAUUCAACAUUUGUCUCGACCUUUGUCGGCCUCGGUUGCUCCGCUAUCCAAGUUGUCUCCUUACCUUUGGAUCUCACGAAGGGUGAAUGUCGGCACAAGCACCAGGAGCUGAAGCGGCUCCGGGACGAACGGGCGGAAAUGCUCGGUACCCUAGUCAAUAUGCGCGACUUGCUUGCGGCAUCCCUUGACGAUCAAUCCCCUGAAGGAAUGACCAAAUUGGAUGAAUUCUCUUUCGCGUUGCAGCAGUUCGUCCGGGGUGAUGCCAUAGACGCCCCUGCGGGUACCGUUCCGUCCCUCCAGAACAUCGCUGCCGCAUUGUCCAACACCACCGGCGAGCAGUCUUCGUCAGCACUGCGGACUCCGUCACUAUAUGCUCAAAACCUCGCACGACCGUCGCGUCUGACUCUGCUUUGGCCACGGCUUGUCCUCCUACCCCCUCUCGCGCUGUUUGCGGCUAAGACCGCGUAUGCGUCGCGAGCAUCGAUGUGCCAGAUGGGUCGGGAGGCGGUAGAGACGAUGAAGAGUUUCUGGGAACAGUGGCUGCUGGAGCCGCUGCGGGGCGUGGUCAAGACGGUACGGGCAGGGGGCGAGGACGGCGUUAUUGUGAGCAGAGAGAGCGUGCAAGCCGAUAUCGACUCACUCGAGAGAAUGGCGAUCGCGCUCGCUCAGGAAAAACUGCAUUACGAAACACCGCAGCUGGAGGCCCUCUCGCGGCAGAUCCAGAUGGGCGACUUGACGUCAGUUAUGCAGAUCUAUGAGGAGGACAUUAAGCAACCCUUGAAGUCAGCAAUUACUGGGACGCUCCUGAGGACAUUGUUCAUCCAGUUACAGAAAGCUAAGGUCGACAUCGAUCAGGCACUGGCGGGAAUCGACAAACUGCUCAAAUCCCAGGAGUUGACGUUUGCCUUUGUUGGAGUAGCGCCUGCUCUGGCUAUCGUGUAUGCGCUUGGUGGUUACUUGAGGGGAAUCUGGACUGGUGGAAGAGGAAAAGGCAAUUAUGGCGGCAAGAUCAAGCGUGCUAGCAUCUGGCUGAAGAUGCGACGCAUUGAACGUCUCUUGAUCGCUCAGCCCAAGUCGCAUCACAAAGUUGCCCACAGUGCCGCUGCCCAGCCCUCAUCUAUCCCAGCACUCACUUCGGGGCUGCUGCUGCUCUCUGUCAGCCACCUACGUGCGUAUGCGGAGAAUCACCUCCCUGCCAACUCGCGUUUCCGAGAGGGCUUUUUGGAGGAUGUAGUGGAUCUAGAGGAUCCGGCCCUAGGGCGGGCGGAGAAACUGCGAGUACUAGACCGGAUGUGGCGCAGCUGGGGUGCGGUACUUGGCUGGGGGAACGCUGCUGAGAGCGCGAGGUAGAUAUGCAGUCUACUGCACUGACAGGUGUUGGGUAAUGUCAUUAUCUUUCCUCGUAACACACGGAUUUAUCCAUAUUCAUCAGCACAUACUAUUGAUGUCAUCCGCUUCAUACGACGUGUUACA